AUGAUACCACCGGCUAACAUCAUGCAGGACGAGAGUUUGGGCAAGAAUGGGCGCGAUCAGCACGAGACACAUCAGUCACCAGCGCCCAGUGCUAGUCAACAGGAGACAAAGAUGCAAAAGUUGAAGCGCUCCUUUUCCUUCAAAACCAAGAGAAUGCGCAGCAAGAGCGCAGACAAUUUCUUUCAGCGCAACAACAGUGAUGCCAAGCUGUCGACAGAGCUGCUCUCGGAGAUCUCUAAUGCGCCCCCGGCUAUCCCAUGUGCCCCCCCUUCCUUGGUCUACUCCCCGGGACGCCACCCCCUCGCCAUCGACCCCACCGGACACGGCUUCAUGGAGCACAUCUUUAAGAAGCCCAUCUUCUGCGACGUCUGCAACCACAUGAUCGUAGGCAACACAGCCAAGCAUGGCCUUCGCUGCAAAGCCUGCAAGAUGAGCAUCCACCACAAGUGUGAGAAAGGAGUGGGAUCGCAACGCUGCCAAGGCAAGCUGCCAAAGGGCUUUCGAAGGUACUACAGCUCCCCACUGCUGAUAACAGAGCAGUUUGGCUACAUCAAAGAAGUCAUGCCCAUUGCUUGUGGCAGUAAAGUGGACCCUGUGUAUGAAGCUCUCCGGUUCGGGACGUCUCUGGCACAGAAGAACAAGAGGGCCAGUGGUUUUGAGUCCCCCCACAGAAACUCUACCAGUGACUUGGCCCAGGUUCCAGAAGAGGCCGUCGCUCACAGCAGUCAACAUGAACUCACCAGGAAGCACAGUGAUAAUGUGUUCACAUCACUUGAGAACGGGACGGAGCCCAUUCCCUAUUGCCAUGUGGCCGAGAGGAAACCUGAUGAUUCACCGGAGAGGAGACUGCUGCAGAAGGACAUACUGCAGCUCAACACCUAUGUGGCUUUGUUCACAUUCACACCCCAGGAAAGUGAAGACCUGGAGAUGAGACCCGGAGACAGAAUCGUACUGGCGGACGACUCCAAUGAUGAUUGGUGGAAGGGCGUGAUCGAGGACAGGAUUGGUUUCUUCCCAGCAGCCUUUGCUCACCAGGUGAAGGCCGGGGACAGAGUGUUCAGGUGUCACCGGACGUUCAUCGGCUGCAAGGAGCAAGGCCAGAUCACCCUGAAGGAGGGACAGAUUUGUGUAAGCGGUGAGGAUGAACACAGCGGCUUCAUCCGAGUGGCCAGUGGAAAGAAGAGAGGCUACGUGCCCUGUGAUGUCCUGGAGAACAUCUGA